AUGACCCGACAGUCAUCUAGAUAUGGCGUCUUCCUUGCUUGCGGGAGAGCGGCUGAUACGCGCUUUGGGCCCCGGCGGGGAACUGGAGCCGGAGAAGCUGCCCCGGAAGCUGCGGGCCGAGCUUGAGGCCGCGCUGAAUAACAAGUACCCGGGCGGUGAUAGCCCCGGUAGCCCCCGACGCUUGGUUUCCUUCCGUCUGAUCCGGGAUCUGCAUCAGCACCUGAGAGAAAGGGGUGCCACACUGUACCUCCAUGAGCUCCUAGAAGGCAGUGAGAUCUAUCUCCCGGAGGUUGUGAAGCCUCCCCGGAACCCUGAGCUGGUUGCCCGGCUAGAGAAGAUCAAGAUACAGCUGGCCAAUGAAGAAUAUAAGCGGAUCACUCGCAAUGUUACCUGUCAGGAUUCGAGGCAUGGUGGGACGCUCAGUGACCUGGGAAAACAAGUGAGGUCAGUGAAGGCUCUGGUCAUCACCAUCUUCAACUUCAUAGUCACGGUGGCAGCUGCCUUUGUCUGCACUUACCUUGGAAGCCAGUAUAUCUUCACAGAAAUGGCCUCGAGGGUGUUGGCUGCACUGAUCGUCGCCUCGGUGGUGGGUCUGGCUGAGCUGUAUGUCAUGGUGCGCGCGAUGGAAGGCGAGUUGGGAGAGCUGUAACUGGUGCUUCGCCGUCACAGUCCGGAAAGGCUUUGGGGCUCCUGACUGCCCAUCACUGACUCUCAGCCAGCCAGUCAGGCUCCUUGUUCUCAGUUGCAUUUAGUCAGGGGACCAAGUCAGGCACCCUGUGGGAAGCCCCAUCUUUUGUGAAUUUCCAGAGGGAGCCGUGGAAGAGAUCCAGACACCACCACGUCUUUAAAAGAACUGGUCUAUCAGUACCUUCUCCUGAGCCCAGUGCUCAGCUGCCUUCUCAGGUCCAUUCUGGGCACUAGCGUUUUUCCAUCAGGAGUAAAUGGAAUCCAGGCCAUACUUGAACUUGUCCAAGUACACAAGUCAGUCACCUUCCUUCGCCCACACAUCUUUAAUGCAGACUUGUAAUUGAGAUUAGAAGCUUCCAAGGAAGCGAAAAGGAUCCCUUUUCUCCAGCUUGUGCCACGAGAGGAACUCAUAAGAAGACAGACAACAAGUCAGGAAGAUGGGUUGGUAUAGAAUGUUGCAGCGAGGGCAAAUGACCAGCUGUGUGGCUCUUCCUCUGUCAAGUGGAGCCAAAGACCCCUGCUGUUUGUGUGUCAGGUUAAGCUUGUGUAAGCUUAGAUUAGUGAUGUGAAGACAGAAUCUGUAUAAGGCACUUAAACGUGUCACAGAGGCAGGCAUUUGCCCCUGCUGUUAGGACGCCAGUUGAGAGGCCCAUGCCUCCUAUUGGAGUGCCUGGGCUCAAUUCCUAGCUCCAGCUUCCAACUAAUGCAAACCCUGGGAGGCAGAAGGUGAUGGCCAAAAUGGUUCAGUCCCUGCCACCCAUGUGGGAGACACGUCUAAAUUUGUUCUGACCCAUCCCCUGCCAUCACAGGCAUUUAAGAAUGGACCAGUAGAUAGGUACUCUCUGUUUUUUGGCAUCUCUCGUUCUCUGUUAAAUAAUAAAGAAAACAAGUAUAUCAA